CGAAGCAGGGACGAAGAAGGGGUGGUGCGUAUGGACACGGACGAAGCCGACGAAGCGCACGUGCUGCAGGAGCUCCUCCUCCAAGAAGGCGAGAUCGACGAUGAACUCGAUGAGGAUGACGAGAUGGAUUCGACGAGUGAACUGAGCAGCCAGCAGUCGGCAGUCGAGACUAGUGACGUCGCAGCAGCGACAACUGGCGCAUCAACGACGUGGAAUUGCACCCAAUGUACAUACGAAAACAGCAGUAGCUCGUCCAUUUGUGAGAUCUGUGGCUCCCCGCGCGAAGUUCUUGACUCUAGCAGCGUCACAUCGUCGUCCGCCGCGACAGCAAGUGCUGCUGGCGAUGGACGUUGGGAGUGUGCAGCAUGUACGCUAUUGAACCCUCGUCAAGCGCAUGUAUGUACAGUGUGUAGUACCCCAAAUCCUGCGAGCAUGGGAGUCGCGCGAUCGCAUCGAGGACAUGGCCUUGGGGCGGCUCUGGGGCUGUUCGAGAAAGCGGGCAAAGACGAUUCAUCGUCGCCCGCGGGUAUUUCCAGCGCCGCGCUCGAAGCCCUCGCGAACGACAAGAAAGGCGGCGUGAAAUUGGUCGACACGUUGCAGGCCAUGACCCACAACUUGGCGAUGACCGAAGCGUCGGCCGAGGGCGGCCUCGGGUUGCUCAUGGGCCGACCGAAGUUUAGCCCAAAGACCGACCCACACCUCGUGACCGUCCUCAGCGGCAUUCUCAAAACCAAGGCCAAAUUCGCGCUGCAGCCGCGGUUGCUGGCAUGCCAGUCGCUCAACUACUUGAUUAAACUGGACAUUCGCAUGUCAGACGGGAAGAAAGCCUCCGAGUACAUGGCCAUGUACUUGGACAUCAUGGACGAAGUCGCGAUGCACCACCAGCAUGAGUCGUUGGCCAAGCAUUUGGCCGAAGAAGCGACCAACGGGCUCGAAGUCGCGUGCCAGUCUCACCCCGCGGCCUUCCGCGACCUGUGCCAGCCCGAUCCAUUGGCCAAACUGCUUGGCUUUUUGACGUUUGCUAACACAAUGCACGUGAACGUUCUGCUCACGACGCUGUCGCUGCUUCAAAAGGUGUGCCAACGGGUGCACUUCCACACGAAACCGCCCUCGUCGUCCUCGGCUUCCCACCGCAAGCCCGCGGCGCCCCAAGCCGCGCUUCCCACCAUCAUGGCCGCCCUGGAAACGUACAUUGGCCACAUCAACCCCCGCGUCCAAGUAGGCGCGAUCAAGUGCAUGACGGUGCUGUUCCACCGCACGCCUCUGCACGAACAUUUGACGGCGUCGGUGACCCGCCAGCUGCUGCACAUCAUGGUGGCACCGUCGACGGACGACGGCGGCAGCCACGACGCCAGCCGCGCCGCCGUCGCCCUGCUGUCGGAACUCCUCGACGAGUCGCCGACAGUAUUUACGACCCUGGUUGACCCGGACGUGGCCCAGCCAUUGAUGCAGCAGCUGGGUCCGAUGUUGCAGACCGAAUCGGUGGCUACGCCCACGCUGCGCUUCCUGUCCAAAGUCGCGGCGCGGAUUGCCAGCCACCAAGCCAACGAGUCGACGACCCUCCAGAAGUUUCUGCUUGCAUUUAUCAAGGCAAACGCGGUGGCAACUGUGUCGUCCCUCCUCAAAGACGGCGCGACGCUGCACUCGCCGUCGCCGUUUCUGGUGGCGGUGACCACGUCGUCGGUGGCGAUGGUCCGGCUGCUCAUCCGCAAAGGCGCGCAUGUGUCGGUGGAAGCGCUUCAUGCCGCCGCCGACGCCCGACGGUGCGACGUCGUGUUGGUCUUGCUGCAGCAUGGCGCGAGUCCCAAUGCUGCCAACGAACAUGGAGAGACCCUGCACCAAGUGCUGGCCAAGCACCCGCCGAACCAUCCCGUGACCAAACUGCUGGCAGCUCGGCUGUCACCUGCGACGAUGGAUCACGAGGGUGUCUGCGACGAUGGCCACCACCUCCACGGACGCCACCAUCCCCAUCGACCUUCUCGACCCAAUGUCGACGAAGUGGCGUCGGCGGGUGGCGGGCUCGUGCUGGCCCCUCCGUCCGCAGGGGCAUCAGCGUCGUUGCAGGCGCGGGAAGUGCUGAUUGAAGACUUUACCCGCGCAUGGAACGACAUGGAAGAAGACGAGUCGGAUGACCAUUUUGACGACGACGGUGAUAACGAUGAUGACAUGCAUUCAGAAGGAGACGACGACGACGACGACGAGGAUGCGUAUCAUGACAUGUAUGGCGACGAAUCGCACGAGGACGACGGGGACGACGACAGUGACGACGACGAAGACCAGGACAUGACACAUGACGACGAGGCCCUUCCUCCUCGUUCCAAGAAGGAUGCCAAGGGGAUCGCUGCGGACGUACGGGGCGAGUUCGUUUCGUACUUUACGCACGCGCUGUUUACGAGUCUGGUGCAUGCUGUGGCAGCUGUGGACAACAAGCACGUGACCCACGCAGUCUUGUCCACGUUAGCCACCGUGCUCGUGUACCCGAUACUCGAGUUGACGGAGGCCGACUUGGGUGUGUUGCUAGAGGUAAUCCACGGUCUGUUGAUGGAAACGCCCGCUUCCGGCGACGUCACCACCCCCAACAACAACGAUGCCGACGGAGACGUGUACCCGACGAUCCUCGCGCUGCGCCUGCUCCAAGCGCUGUCAGCUGUUCAGAAUCCGACGGUGGUUCGGCACAUGGAACGGCAGGGCAUUCUGGAGCGCCUGCGGUCGAUUGCGCAGCCUACCCGUACGUUGAACGCUGUCGACGCGGCCGUGUCAUCUCUGGUCUCGGACUGGCUCGACACAUUGCAACCGCUGGCGUCAACGUCGUUGGUGGCGAAUCCAGUGGUUGCCCGGUUGAAUGCCUUGUGUGAGCACCUCGAGACGUCCUGUGACACUGUCUUGGACGACAUGCUGUCGUGCAUCGACGACGGCGUCACAACGUACGAACUGACCAAAUCGGCGGUCGUGCCAACGCUGCUGCAGGCGCUUUCGACCCGCACAGGCGCGGUCGUGUGGACGCCGAAGUGGCAGACGCUGGUCCGCCACUUGCAUCAAGUCGUGGGGUUGCAUGAAUCGCUGCCUGUGAUCAGCUACGCCAUGGCCAAAGGCAAGGAAUUCUACCCGUUGACGCGGCAAUUGCGUCUCCGCAUGCGCGUCGAGAAACGUACGGACGCCCCCCCCCGGAGCAUCCAUGCGUCGCCGCUGACGCUGUUUUCGUCGUUUGAACGCACCGUGUUUCGAUGUGCGACACUGCGGGACCCCCAGUGGCUCCAGUACGCGUGGAGUUUGGUCGGCCAUUCGAUUUGGAAACCGUCCGACGGCAAGUGGGUUGAAGCGACCGUGUGUGGCUUUGAAUCUGCGACAGGGUGCCACCUCGUGCAUUGCCGCGACGAGUACGUCGAGGAGGUGCUGCAUGAAGAAACGUACCGCCUCGUCAAGUCGUUGCGUGUGUGUGCGUCCGUGUCGAUGGACUUGAGCGUGUUUGGGCGUCCGCCGGCGUUGAAACGAACCACGCCGGACGACGACGACGACAACGACGACCAGACUAGUCACCAUGUGCGUCGAUCGAAGCGCAUCAAGCGACAGGGGGGCGAGGUGAUCCGGGACGACGACGACGCCGCCGUCCACCCGCGGUUGUUGGCCGAGUCGUCGCCCCCAUACGACAAGGCGCGGUCGCGAGAGCAACGGUUGAUGGAUGUGUUGCGAUUGCAAGACAUGUCGGCAACUACCCCGACCGAAGGCGACAAGGUGUGGGUGUCGUCGAAUCAUGGCGGAUCGCUCAUUUGCGUAUGCGGGACGUUUGUGAAGAAGACAACGGCGUCGCAGGUGGAGGUUCAAGUCUCGUUUGGGUCGUCGCAGGUGAACGUGCCGUUGGUCGUGGACGAAGCCAACGUCGUGACAUUUCAAGCCAAGGCCAGGCCUGGGUCGGCUGCGUCGUCCAAAGUGCAACGAAUGCUGGGGGCAUUGGACUCGCACAGUGGACGGAAUGGCGGCCGACCCGUGCUGGAACACCUGCGACGGCUGCUCUCGCGCUCCCGCCACUCGGACCACAUUGACGCCGAGGACGAGAGCAGUACUGCCGCCGUCGCGUCGUCGUCGUCCUCCGCUGCCGCCGCGUCGUCGACGCCCCCUUCUCGCGCCAAGAAAAACAAGCAAAAAGCAGCAGCCGCCAAGCCCAAUUCGCGACCCACCAUAACCGCCGAAGACGAACUGUUUACGACAGCGUCGCCGCCCGUCGUUCGGGUGUUGCUCGGUUUGGGCGAGUCCAGCGACAAGUCGGAGGAUCAACUGCAUUGGCUCACGCCGGACGGCGCCCGCCUCAACGACGUGGCAGUCCCCGUGGCCCGGUGGUUGUUUCGAUCGUUUGCAGCCGGACAAGUACCCGCGGCCAAGCCAUCCUCGAUGGAGGCGGACGACACAGUCGAGUCGGACACUCUUGCCAAGUGGUCGUUGGCGGAAUUCAGCAGUUUCUGCAAACAACUCAAGCUUGGGCUGGCGCCGUCGGAAGAGUACUUGGCGUUUUCUGGGUACGCGACAACCGCAAACCAAGAAGACGUGCUGACAUGGGCUGGCUUUUCGUCUUGGCUCGUGGACAUUGUGUGCAAAGAUGCAAAGUACUUGCGGGGCUUGGGCCAAUACCUGGAGCACUUGGGCUUCGAAGCGGCGACGUUCCAGUCGACGGCGCCGUCGGUGCCGCUCAUGGAAUUUGCUCCAGACGACAACUUGUUUCAGUGUUUGACUCGGAUCCACCCGUCGCAAUCGCUGGGGUUGGUACCGUGGAAGUGUGUGUUCAACGUUUUUUGCGACUUUCAAGUGCGGUGGAAACGUGACGACGUCAAGCCUGCGACAGCGUUGCCUACGUCCGACCACAGUAUCGCAGGACCACCCGCGUUUACCCAAUGCGUCCGGCUGCUGCAGGUGCUGCACGACAUGUUUGGCGAUGGAACUACCAAGGACACGUGGCUCAACCCACAACUGUCAAGGAAGCUUCGCAUGCAGUUGCAGGACGUGCUGUCAGUCACGAGCGGCACGUACCCGGCUUGGUGCGACGAGCUCGUGCAACAGACCAAGUUUUUGUUUCCGCUCGAGAUGCGGUACACGUUGUUUCGGACAACGGCGUUUGGGUUUUCACGGUCGUUGCACUGGUUUCGCGACCAUUUGGAGUCAGCGAAUGACGAACUGACGAUCUCGCCACUGCCCAAGGAACGAGCCAAAGUUGACCGCAGCGACAUCCUCCACAGUGCCGACGCUGUCCUCAAGGUGCACGCCAAGCGCAAGGCCGUGCUCGACAUUGUGUUUGUGGGUGAGCGCGGGUACGGCUCGGGCGUGACGGCGGCGUUCUAUUCGGCUGUCGCCCAUGCGCUGCAAUGCAAUGCCACCAUGCAUGUCUGGGUCCGAGGACAUGAAGGUUCCACUGACGACGUGGUGCGGCAUCCCAACGGGCUGUUCCCGGUCCCCGUCGCGGCGGCGUCGGACGCGCUCAAAGAUCGAUUCCGACUCAUGGGGCGUUUGGCUGGGAAAGCGCUGCAAGACGAACGGUUGUUGCCUCUGCCGCUGUCGUCGCACUUUUUAAAGCUAGUGUUUGGCGAACGUGUGGAUGCUUCGGAUCUGGCCGCCAUCUUCUUGGAGCCUGGCCGCAUCCUAUCGCAACUACACACCGUGUCCAAGGCUCUGCUGCAGACGACACCGAAGUCCGACGUCCGGAUUGAAAACAUGUCGGCUCGCGACUGGCUGGCGGCAGUGGACCUCAACUUUGUCGACCCGAUCACACAAGCCGAGCUAGAAACCAAUGGAAGUGCCAAAGCUGUGACAGUGGACAACCUGCACUUGUAUGUGGCGCUGGUGGUCGAGUCAUGGCUAGGUCGCGGCGUAUCUAGCCAAGUGCAGGCGUUUCAAGAAGGGCUGGGCGAGGUGGUGCCGCUGACCAAGCUCAAGCUGCUGUUUGUGGACGAACUGCAGCUGACGCUAUGUGGCACGGCGGACGUCGAGUGGACCCACGAAUCCCUCCGCCAGACAAUCAAGUUGGCGCACGGGUACACGUCGUCCAGCGAGCCCAUCGAGCACUUUAUCGAGGUGCUUGUCGACAUGACGACUGCCCAGCGCCGCGCGUUCCUCUUGUAUGCGACAGGGUGUCCGAACCUCCCGCCCGGCGGCGUCGGGUUUGAGAAGCUCAAGCCCCAGUUUGAAGUCGUGCGACGGGUGAGUCCGGACGGCCAGGCGGCGGAUGCGACGCUGCCGUUUGCACGGACGUGUACCAACACCCUCCAUUUACCAGCAUACUCGACGAAAGCGGUCUUGGCCAAGCAGUUGGAGUACGCCGUCUUGAACAGCAAGGGCGUGAUCGAUCGAGAUUAAUAGAGUCCAUGGUGUUGUUUUUCC